GGUGGGGGUUGUAAAGAGACUGUGAAAGCAUUCCAGAGUAGUGAGAGAGACCCAGAGAUCAGAAAGAGAAGGCCCCGCCCCCACCCCGCCUCCCAGGCUCCCGCAGGCUGAGGGGAAGAGGCCGGGUGCACACUCCUACUCUGGCCCCACUUCCAGGCUGCCAUGGGGCCCAGCGCGCCUCUCCUCCUUUUGUUCCUUUUGUUGUGGUCCGGACCCCUUCGAGGACAGCAGCACCACCUUGUGGAGUACAUGGAACGCCGACUAGCUGCCCUGGAGGAACGGCUGGCCCAGUGCCAGGACUGGAGUAGUCGCCAUGCUGCUGAGCUACGGGACUUCAAGAACAAGAUGCUGCCACUGCUGGAGGUGGCAGAGAAGGAGCGGGAGGCGCUCAGAACUGAGGCUGACACCAUCUCAGGCAGAGUGGACCGUCUUGAGCGAGAGGUGGAUUAUCUGGAGACCCAGAACCCAGCUCUAUCCUGUGUACAGCUUGAUGAGAAGGUGACAGGAGGCCCUGGGACCAAAGGCAAGGGCCGGAGAAAUGAGAAGUAUGAUAUGGUGACAGACUGCGGCUACACAAUCUCUCAGGUGAGAUCAAUGAAGAUCCUGAAGCGAUUUGGUGGCCCAGCUGGUCUAUGGACCAAGGAUCCACUGGGGUCAGCAGAGAAGAUCUAUGUGUUAGAUGGGACACAGAAUGACACAGCCUUUGUCUUCCCAAGGCUGCGUGACUUCACUCUUGCCAUGGCUGCCCGGAAAGCUUCCCGAGUCCGGGUGCCCUUCCCCUGGGUGGGCACAGGACAGUUGGUGUAUGGUGGCUUCCUUUAUUAUGCCCGGAGGCCUCCCGGAGGACCUGGAGGGGGUGGUGAGUUGGAGAAUACUUUGCAGCUCAUCAAAUUCCACCUGGCAAACCGAACGGUGGUGGACAGCUCAGUGUUCCCUGCAGAGAGGUUGAUUCCCCCCUAUGGGCUGACAACCGACACGUACAUCGACCUGGCAGCUGAUGAGGAAGGACUUUGGGCUGUCUAUGCCACCCUCGAGGAUGACAGGCACUUGUGUCUGGCCAAGUUAGAUCCACAGACACUGGACACAGAGCAGCAGUGGGACACACCGUGUCCCAGAGAGAAUGCCGAGGCUGCCUUUGUCAUCUGUGGGACUCUGUAUGUCGUCUAUAACACCCGUCCUGCUAGUCGUGCCCGCAUCCAGUGCUCCUUUGAUGCCAGUGGUACCCUGGCCCCUGAGCAGGCAGCACUCUCUUAUUUUCCCCGCCGAUAUGGUGCCCAUGCCAGCCUCCGCUAUAACCCUCGAGAGCGCCAGCUGUAUGCGUGGGAUGACGGCUACCAGAUCGUCUAUAAGCUGGAGAUGAGGAAAAAAGAGGAGGAAGUUUGAAAAGUUAGCCUUGUUUUUUUUUUUUUUUUUUUGACUCUCUUUUAUCCUAUACAUUUAUCUCCCUACUAGACUUCCUGUUCCUCAUUCUUCAAAUGUAGGCAAAUGUUGGCUCAAAUCCCUUAUUUUUUUUUUUUUUUUUAGCCAGUGGUAACCAAAUUCUCAUACCCUUUGUUUCACAUGGAUCUUCAGAUCUUGUGUAAUCUCUUUAGAGCUAAAACAGUAAAAACCUUAAGUGUUCACUCCUUUCCUGCCUCACGUCCUCAAGUUUGAGGCCCAGAACACCCAGAUCCAGAGCUCUGACCCUCAAAUGGGUGCAAACCCCAAGCACAGGUGACAGAAUUCUUGCCCCCAGUAUGCUCCAGGAGAGAGGAACAGGAAACAACUGCCCUCUCCCUACUUCUCCCCUCCACUCUCUGAAAAAAGGGGCUUUCUCUACAUCAUUUUGUAUGGCAGCGUUUUGCAUUAAAAGAAAAAUCCACUGCUC